AUGAAGACUUCAAAGGAUUUCAGUGACGGACACCUCUGGUACUCUGUGAUCAAUCGACCACCGAGCAGCAACUUCACCUGUGUGCAGAGAGUUUCCUGCUGUUUCACCCUGCUGCUCUGCACCAUGCUUACCAGCGUCAUGUUUUAUGGCAUCCCAACAGAUCCCUCUGAGCAGACCAUGGAUAUGGGUCUCUUUGAGUUUACAUGGCAACAGUUCAUGAUCGGAGUACAAAGCUCCCUCAUUAUGUUUCCUGUUAACAUCCUUAUUGUAAGCAUUUUCCGAAACACACGUCCCAGAGAAACGUCUUGUUGCAAGUGCAAAACAGAAGAACCAGAUGCCGAGCAGACGUUUGUCUCUCCAAGUAACACCAACAUGAGUGUCAAUGUCACUUUGUACACUGUCAUUAUGGAUAUAAAAAGGAUUGCCCAAUCUCUAUCAAAGACCAUGAAAAGCAACAUCCCAUGCACUGAGUCCGAGUUUGGUCCUGCACAACAAGAUGAUAUCAAUGCUGUCCUUUCUACAGUGGAGCACUUCAUCACAAUGAAUAACAAAGCCAGUGACACCGCCCAGCCUGAGCUAGAGUACACUCCUACUAUGCAUCCUGGGUCAACACUGGAGGGGAUUCAGAAGAAGAGCAACAAAAACCAGUAUCUAUACAGGCAGCUGUGUCACAUCCACAAACAGCUGAGUCAGCUGGGACCCUCCGACUUCCCCGACCCACACAGCUACAGCCGGGCUCUGCAGCAGGUCCAUGGCAUGAAAGUGUUCCUUGAAGAUCAGCUUUCUACAUCCGGCUUUAACAACCCUGAAGAACCCAACCAGAGGAAGUUGAGUCCUGAAGACAGCACUGAUGGUGAUGGUAAUCGGAAGAAAAGAGGGUGCUGUAACGGAGGGUUUCCAUGGUGGUUCAUUUUUGUUGGCUGGGCGCUUAUGAUCGCAAGCAGUUUUGUUUCAGGAUAUUUCACAAUGCUUUAUGGGUUGAAAUUUGGGAAGGAACGCUCUGCAAGCUGGUUGGUGUCCAUGAUUGUCUCAUUUUUUCAGAGUAUCCUCGUCAUUCAGCCACUCAAGGUGAUAUUUCUGGCAAUUUUCUUUGCACUCGUAAUAAAGAAAGUGGAUGAGGAAGAUUUUCAAAAUGUGGCGUUUGAAAGAAAUGACAAAAAUCUAGGUGAUUGUAAGGAACUACUAACAGUCAGACGGGAUAACAGUCUCUAUGUGCCGCCUGCUGCUGCUGACAUUGAGAAGAUGAAAAGGUACAAGAUUAUGGAACAAAAAGCCUUUGCCCUCCUCAAGGAGAUUUUGACCUACAUGGGGUUUAUGUGGAUGUUGCUGCUGGUGGCGUACGGCGAGAAGGAUCCCAACGCUUUUUUUCUGAAACGACACAUCCGGGAUAGCUUCAGUCAAGGGACCAAAGACAGCAUGAGUCCUGGAGAUGUGUUCACAUGGGCCAACACAUUGCUACUAAAAAACCUUUUUGGAGUUUAUCCAGGAUUUAUCACAGAUGGAAACUCCAAGCUAGUAGGUAACGCCCGUCUCCGUCAACUGAGAGUGCAGAAGAACUCCUGUCAAAUUGCAGGCUACAUGCAGCAGUUUGUACCAGACUGUCACGCUCCAUAUUCAUGGGACUUGGAGGAUAUGGGCUCCUAUGACCCUGGCUGGAACCAUUUGGUUAAGGAGAAUGUGUCUAGAAGCACCUUCAGCCCAUGGACAUACCAAACACAGACUCAGCUCAGGGCUCAUCCUUUCUGGGGCAAAAUGGUACUGUACAGAGGAGGUGGCUUUGUAGCGGAGAUCAGCCCAGAUUCACAGAACGCCAGCCGCACCCUUGAGUAUCUGUUCAGGAACACUUGGUUGGAUGCAUACACAAGGGCAAUCUUUGUGGAGUUUACCGUUUACAACGCUAAUGUGAACCUCUUUUGCAUUGUCACACUCUUGCUUGAGACAACAGCUGUAGGAGCUUUUCAAUUCUAUAGUGAGUUGCAGAGUGUUCGUCUUUACCAAUCAACUGGUGGUCUUCACAUCUUUGUCUUGGCUGCUGAGAUCAUAUACCUGCUUUUCAUCCUCUAUUACAUGUUCCUGCAGGCCAAAUUAAUGAAGCAGCAGCGGUGUGCUUACUUCAGGAGCACAUGGAAUCUUCUUGAGCUGUCUAUCAUCUUACUGAGCUGGAGCACCUUGGCCAUCUACAUUAAUAGGAUCCUGCUUGGGAACCGUGACAUAACCUACUACCAAAAUCACAAAGACCAAGUUGCUAAUUUUUAUGAGACAGCCUCAGCAGACUCAUUGCUCCAAUAUAUGAUCGCCUUCCUAGUCCUGCUCUCCACCUUCAAACUGUGGCACCUGCUCAGACUGAACGCCAAGAUGAACAUGCUCACCGCUGCACUGCAGCGCGCCUGGAGUGACGUAUCCGGAUUACUUCUGGUCAUUGUUGUCAUGUUCGUUGCUUACUCCAUUUCAAGCAACGUGAUUUACGGCUGGAAGGUAUCAUCAUAUAAAACUUUGACAGAUGCUCUCCUGACCCUCAUCAGUUUGCAGAUAGGCAUCUUUAAUUACAACGAGGUCUUGGACAACACCCCCGUGCUCGGUGGAAUACUCUUUGGAUCCUGUAUUGUGUUCAUGACCUUUGUGGUGCUCAAUCUUCUCCUAUCAGUGAUUCUUGUUGCAUUCCACCAGGAGCAAAUAUAUCACAAGCCCUCAGACGAAGAGGAGAUUGUCGACCUGAUGCUGAAGAAAAUCUGCAGUCUUUUCGGGAUCCCAUAUGAAAAUACUAAUGAAACUCCAGGGCCUGAUCUGAACAAGGCUGAUGAAUCGACCAUUAAUAACAGCAAAAAUAUCCUUAACAAUUCCUCAAUUGAUGUUAAUGUUUUUUAGACAGCUGACGAUUCAGUUAAGAAAAUGCAC